GAGCCUUCGUUCCCCCUCUUCGCCAUCAGCGCGCCCGCACCUAGCGAGCCGCGUCACGGGGUGCGUGCGUCGCCAUAAUGCGUCCGGGUAGCGGUGAGCCAGGAAACGGGCAAGUGGCCAUUCUCUUCUGCGACCCAUUGAGAAUGCCAAGCAAAAGCAUGGGAAUAAUUUAAUAUGAACGUGUAACUAGACUAUCUACCAUUGACAUGAAAGAUCUACAGGGAAUAUAGGCUUUGGUUACUGUGGUUUGUUUGUAAUGUAGCCAUUCGAUCAAGGUGUCCAUAAACACUGAAGAGCAUUGAAGGAUAUUUCUAGCCCUGUAUGGUGAAACGCAAAUGGGAAGAACAAGGCUUUUCCUGCAAGAUUUUAUCUAUAUUUUGGAACGGGACAUUUUUUUACUUGUGAGUUAAUUUUCAUAGAUUUGAAAGAUCCACUCAGAUUAAUGUACUGUGCAGCUGUUUAUUUUAGCCUAACUAAAUAUUUUCUGAUCAGCACCUUCUCAACUAAAUAUUUUCUGAUCAGCACCUUCUCAACUAAGUACCAGGAAAGUUAUAUAGUCUGAAUGGACAGAGCAGCGUUUGCCUGUUCCACUGCAUUCUUUCAUGAUUACAGCAGCGCAUCUCAUGGUGCAGUUUGCCUGCCCCAGGGACAUGUUGACUAUAUUGAAAAAGUAGAAUCGUUCAGUUACUCCGAUUUUUUCAGGGACUAUCUGAUUCCCAACCACCCAUGUGUUUUCUCAGCUAAAUUCACUGAGAGCUGGGGCAGCAGGAGAAAUUGGGUGACCCGGGAUGGGAAGCCUAACUUUGAUUAUCUACUGCAGCAUUUUGGGAAGGCUGUAGUACCUGUUGCCAACUGUGACGUCAAGGAAUACAAUUCUAAUCCAAAGGAACAGAUCCCUCUCACGGAGUACAUAAGUUAUUGGAAAGAAUACAUUAAAAAAAACUACCAUUCACCCCGGGGGUGCCUCUACCUCAAAGACUGGCACUUGUACAGGGCUUUCCCAGAGCAAGAUGUUUAUACAACCCCCAUCUAUUUCACUUCUGACUGGCUGAAUGAAUACUGGGAUGCCAUAGGCCUGGAUGAUUAUCGAUUUGUCUACAUGGGACCUAAGGGUUCAUGGACUCCUUUUCACGCCGACGUCUUCCGCUCCUACAGCUGGUCUGCCAAUAUCUGCGGGAAAAAGAAAUGGCUGCUCUAUCCCCCCAGGCAGGAGGAGUACCUUAGAGAUCGCCAUGGUAACUUGCCCUUCGAUGUCACCGCGCCUGGUCUUCAGGACAGCAGCAUUUACCCACGCUAUGCCCAAAGCUGCCCCCCUGUUGAAAUCAUCCAGGAAGCAGGGGAGGUAGUCUUCAUCCCUAGUGGCUGGUACCAUCAGGUGUACAACCUGGAGGAUACCAUUUCCAUCAACCACAACUGGGUGAAUGGCUGCAACGUGGCGAUCAUGUGGAGCUUCCUGCAGGAUGAAUUAGCAGCCGUCCAACGGGAAAUCAGCGAAUGGAGAGACACUAUGGAGGACUGGCACCUACAAUGCCAGGUAAUCAUGAAAUCUUGCACAGGCAUAAACUAUAAGGAGUUCUACAACUUCCUUAAGGUAAUUGCAGAGAACAGGAUUUCUGUCUUAAACCAUGUUCUAGAUGAAGAAGCUUCAGCAAAGAACACUCACAGAGCUGCCACCUCUGCUCUGGGCAUGCUCCAUGCGGUGUUUGAUUUAAAAAGGACUGUGCAAGUGUUAACAUCCUUAAAUGCUAAUGAGGAUUUCAAGAAACUGAACCCUAAAUCACUGACCCCACCUCCAGAGGCAUUCCUGCACCACUUGAAAGCAGCAAUAGACACAGCACUGUUAUAGUUCUAUAUUUAUUCAAGUAUUUGCACCUCUUGCAACCUAGCUGCAUGUAGACAACUCAUAAGAAGUCUUCAUAUUUUUCCCCCGUUAGAGUUUAAGCACAAUGAGCCUUAAUGUGGAUAGGGAGGACACGGAUACAGAAUCAAGAGAAAAAGCAUGUUAGGAAACUGAGUACACGACAUUAAAUUUCCCAUUUAUAUUGAAACCACCCUAAAAAGGGAAGAAGUCCCCAGCAGAGUCAGAGAUUAGAUUCAUGUCAUGUAGUAGAAUGCAAGCAGCUAAACUGACCAUAGCAGGAAGAAGUUAUGGUCCUGAGAAUCAGCCACGUAGGAAAUUCAGCCAUUGGAGUUGUCUAGAACCAAAAGGAUGAACUUUUGAGAUGUAUCCUCUCAAUUCUGCACACCAAAGCAUCUAUAUUUCAACAAGUUCACCUCUCUGUACUGAGAUCACCUAGAGACUGAACAAAAAGAGUUUUAGAAGGGCAAAAACAUGGAAGUCCGUAUGUAGCCUUAGACUAUGUGUUAAUGAAAGGAAGUGUAUUAACACUCUAAGGGCAGGUCUUCACUACUCGCCGGAUCAGCGGGUAGCGAUCGAUCUAUCGGGGGUCAAUUUAUCACGUCUCAUCUAGACACGAUAAAUUGAUUCCCCGAAUGCACUCCCCAUCGACUCCGGAACUCCAGCUUGCGAGAGGCGGAAGCAGAGUUGAUGGGGGAGCGGCAGCGGUCGACUCGCCGCCAUCCUCACGGCCAGGUAAGUCUACCUAAGAUACUCCAACUUCAGGUACGCUAUUCGCGUAGCUGAAGUUGCGUAUCUUAGGUUGAAACCCCCACCCCCCACCCCCCUCACUGUAGACCAGGGCUAAGAGCAGUGCUGUGUGGUUACAUAGCACAACCUAUGAACUUAAGGGUAAUUAAUACACAUUGAAAAUGAUUGUAAGGGAAGUGGUCUCACAAGCAUUUUUAAUUAAACUAUAAAAAACACUCCCAUUGCUGCUAGGGGGUUGCAGUAAGUCUCAUUCUCAACAGGGGUGUGAAAAGUUUAAUUCUAGCCAAUAGUGCUUCCAUUAAGAUUCUAGUUGAAGAUUUUCAAGCAUGGAGCUGGAACUUAAUCAGUCGUUGACCUAUGAAGUGACCAGUACGGGUGACUACUUAAAGUUGCUGUUUUUAAUAUUGCACAUUAAAAUAUUUAAAAAUGUCA